CGCCCCUCUGUGCCUCUGAAUGUAAUGUCUGCAGAAGAAGCGUCGACUAAAUCUCACAGCGGACGAAGCAUCAACAGCCUACGAUCACUAACAUGUCGACGAACUUCCUCUUCAGCCUCCCCAGCGAACUCCGCAACAACAUAUAUGAGCAUCUCUUAGUGCUGCAAGAACCCAUUGAAUGUCUGACCCACCCCUGGCUUGGGCAGUCCCAACUCGGAGCGCUUACUCCGGGGCUCCUUCUCGUGAAUAAGGCGGUCCACCGCGAAGCCUCCUCGCUGCUUUACGCCCAGAAUCGCUUCAACCUCGCUGUGCCCGACUCUGAGCUCGUAACUGCUUUCCUCGAUCAAGUUGGGUGCAACAACGCAAAACAUAUUCGGCAUAUCUAUCUCAACUUUCCUGAAUUCGGCUCUCUAGACCGACAUGACGUCACCAUCCAGGACGGCAGCCUUCGUAUUCUCGCGAAGAUCCAAAGGGAAUGCACCAACUUAAGCACGCUUACGACGUCCCUGAAUAGCACAAAUAACACGGAGCUUGAGCUCGAUGAACUUGACAGCCCCAAUAUCGCUGCUGAGGCGUUGGCGCUGGUUGAUGCUCAAUUCAGAGCCAUUUUGUCCCUACAAGAGAUCAUUGUCGAGGUGUACGAGGAGGGUCCGAGUGCCUGUAUAAGAAGGGAAAUGGAGAGCCACGGAUGGACAAUCAGCGUAAAAGAACAAGUGGAAGAGUUAUGCUCCAACAGGUCUUUCAGUGACAUUGAAGAGAUGAUUAUGGCUAUGAUCACGAUAGUGAUGAUUAUGAUGAUUACGACAUUGACAAUGAUAGUGACUUUUGGAGAAGGGCGGGAGACUGAAUGUUGGAGCUCUGUUUUCCUGCACAUCAUCACCGUUUAAUGUUUUCGGUUUCCACCUGGUUGGUUUGUUGUUGUUUCUCUUUGCCCAUUAAGGUUUCCUCUGUCAUUAUACCAGCUCGUAGAGCUUCAUCUAUUUUAUGUAACCUCCCCCCGUGCGUGCCGGGUCAAAUGCGAGG